AUGAUAGCAGACCAGCCAGGGAGUUUGAAAUACUGCCUUGUGAUUCUGAAUCAGCCUCUGGACAAAUGUUUUCGUCAUCUUUGGUGCAAAGCUCUUUUAAGAGCCUGUGCUGAUGGAGGUGCCAACCGCUUAUAUGACGUCACGGAAGGAGAGAGGGAAAGCUUUCUGCCUGAAUUCAUCAGUGGAGACUUUGAUUCUAUUAGGCCUGAAGUUAGAGAAUACUACGCUAUUAAGGGAUGUGAAAUUAUUUCAACUCCUGAUCAGUACCAUACUGACUUUACCAAGUGCCUUGAAGUGCUCCAAAAUAAGAUAGAAGAAAAAGACCUACAGGUAGAUAUGAUUGUGACCUUGGGAGGACUUGCUGGGCGUUUUGACCAGAUUAUGGCAUCAGUGAGCACUUUGUUCCAAGCAACUCGAAUCACUCCUUUGCCAAUUAUAAUAAUCCAAGAGGAAUCUCUCAUCUACCUGCUCCAACCGGGAAAGCACAAAUUGCAUGUAGAUACCGGAAUGGAAGGUGAUUGGUGUGGCCUCAUUCCUGUUGGACAGCCAUGCAAUCAGGUUACGACAACAGGCCUAAAGUGGAACGUCACAAAUCAUAGGAUUAGUUUUGGAACACUGGUCAGCACUUCCAAUACCUACGAUGGAUCUGGUGUUGUGACUGUGGAAACAGACCAUCCCCUUCUCUGGACCAUGGCCAUCAAAAACACCCAUGACUGA